CUUUCACAUUCUCAUACCUUCCUGUAUGGAAUACAGACGUACACUAACAUCGAGCUUUGGAUCCGGCAAGUAUCAACGCCGCACACAGAUACCAAGCCUCUAGACACUAGAAUCUCAUACAGGAACGGGCUCCCAGAAUAUAAAACAUGGGUGGUGAUAAGAUUAAAAAAGACAGGCGGCAAAAACGCGAGGCAUACCGCGCGGCCAUGAGAGAAGAGGGAAUCUCGGAGCUGCCCAGGAAAAAGUUUUAUCGUCAAAGGGCGCACGCCAACCCCUUCUCGGACCACCGAUUGAUAUACCCCCCACAUCCUGACCAGAUGGACUGGUCAUCGCUCUAUCCAGACUACGUCGUCGACGAGCCCCAGGAUCAGCAAUCACCAGCCGCCCCUGAGACUCCUUCAGACAAUAAUGACUCCGCACCGCUCAAACCCAAGAGGAUAUCCAAGGACGUCGAGGUCGCCGACAUAGGCUGCGGCUUUGGCGGCCUGCUGGUCGCCCUCGCCCCCCUCAUGCCCGACACCCUUAUCUUGGGGCUCGAGAUCCGCGUGUCGGUCACGCAGUUCGUCGAGGACCGCAUCAAGGCCCUGCGCGCGCAGAACCCGGACUCGCGGCUGUACCGCAACGUGGGGGUACUGCGCGCCAACACGAUGAAGUUCCUGCCCAACUUCUUCCGCAAGGGCCAGCUGACCAAGGUCUUCAUCUGCUUUCCCGACCCGCACUUCAAGGCGCGCAAGCACAAGCAGCGCAUCGUCUCCACCACGCUCAACUCCGAGUACGCCUACGUCCUGCGGCCGGGCGGGAUCGUGUACACGAUCACGGACGUGCUGGACCUGCACGAGUGGAUGGUGCAGCACUUUAACGCCCACCCCUCGUUUGAGCGUGUCGGGGAGGAGGAGCAAGAGGCGGACCCUUGCGUCGGGAUCAUGAGGACCGAGACGGAGGAAGGGAAGAAGGUGGAGAGGCAUAAGGGGCAGAAAUACGUGGCGCUGUUCAGGAGGUUAGAGGAUCCUGCUUGGUGAGACAGGGUUCGGGAGUGAUGUCAACAGCUUCCCAAUACCGGAACACAACACCGCAACAAAUAGCACAAACAUCGCUCGGCCAGUAGCAUAGUUUGUGGCUAUGGUGCGGCUAUGGUUGGGGCCCCGCUAAUGAACGAGUUUCCUCGGGGAACUCGUCCUCGGAUGCUGAGAAUACCUAAGUGCAUGUGUCGUUUGGCGGCAAGUACAGCUUGAACCAAGUCAUCUGCGGGGAACAAAAGGAGGGGGGGGGAAGGACCAACAUCCUUACCAGGCAGAAGAGGUGCACUGGAUAGACGAGGCAAUUUCCUCGGUGUUCAUGGGAGAAGGUCGGACAAGCAUGCUCUUGCCGGCCGGCCGGAAGAGGA